UUGAGCCCUAACAAUAGUGCUUUAAGUUUGUCGUUCAAUUGCUCAGUGGGAAGUUUUCUGCUUCCGUUUGCCAUUUGGAAGACAGGAUGAGGACGAGGAAGAAGAGAGAGAGAGCCUAUGUGGCACAUCACCCUGGUUGCUUUGCUGUUAAAGAAGAGUUGGGCUUUUUGCGGCACACUGGCUCCAUUCUGGAGUUUCCGUGCGCGGCUGGUUCGAGUGGCCCGCUAUUGUCCCACAUCGGGUCGGAUGGAGUAAGCACUAGGCCUACUUUGGGUGGUCCGACAGGCCCCCUCAGUCCACAAUAGCUUCGUGCCCAAUUAUGACGAGGACGUUUUUGUACUUGAAGGUUGUUGAUUUACGGCUUGCAGUUCAACUGCCUCCAGUUAUCAUUCUGAGUGCAUCCAAGGUGAAGGGCGCAGCCGUGCGCAUGCAAAUAGGCCUACAUUCUGUAGGAUGAAGAGUGCAAAUCCGUUUUGUUGUUCAGAGACACUGAACAAAAAUAAGGGCGAGACAGACGAGCAGCAACACCAAACGGCAGGAGCGAAGAAGAGCGAGAUUAGAGUCCGGAAGGAUAGACAAGUCUCCAUGUUCCAGCUGCCUAUUCUGAAUUUCAGCCCCCAGCAGGUUGCGGGGGUCUGCGAGACGCUAGAGGAAAGCGGCGACGUAGAGAGGCUCGGGCGCUUCCUCUGGUCGCUCCCGGUGGCGCCGUCCGCCUGUGAAGUCCUCGGGAAGAACGAGUCCGUCCUGCGCGCGCGCGCUGUCGUGGCCUUUCACGCCGCCAACUUCCGUGACCUCUACCACAUAUUAGAAAACCACAAAUUUACCAAAGACUCACACGCGAAGCUGCAAGCUCUCUGGCUCGAGGCGCAUUACCAGGAAGCCGAGAAACUCCGCGGACGUCCGUUAGGACCCGUGGACAAGUAUCGUGUCCGAAAGAAGUUUCCACUGCCUAGGACGAUAUGGGACGGCGAGCAGAAAACUCACUGUUUUAAGGAGAGGACACGGCAUCUUUUGAGAGAGUGGUACCUGCAGGACCCUUACCCGAACCCCAACAAAAAGAGAGAGCUGGCGCAAGCGACUGGACUCACACCCACACAAGUGGGCAAUUGGUUUAAAAAUCGGAGGCAGAGAGACCGGGCGGCAGCGGCCAAGAACAGGCUACAGCAGCAGGUUCUGUCUGGUGUCUCGAUCAGAUCUCUGGGGGACGAUGACACCACAGGAGACCGACUGGAACCCGCCUCAAGCCCAGAGGUCAGUCUUUCGAGCAAGGCCGCCCCCUCCGCCAUCGCUAUCACCUCCAGCGACAGUGAAUGUGACAUCUAACCUGACAAGCUUCAAAAGAGCAAACAGGAGAAUUGUAAGACUGAGGCAAUCUAAAAACAACAAACUCCAGUGCCUGUAACCGGCCCAAGGAGAGCACAGAGCCUAAAAUGUGAAGGAUUGAAGGGGAGCGCGGAUAUUGCAUUCGUUGACGUGAUCAGCAAAAAGGCGCAUGCUUCUCACGACAACAGCCAAAGGGAUCUUUUGGGGGGGGGGUAUCGAAGGGCCGAACUUACUAUUGUAUUUGUGUGUACUUCAUUAUGAAAAAACUAAAUACUGUUUUUAUGUUCACUUGUCUUUUACAGUGUUUAUUUACAUAUUUAAAAUGUCAUUGGUCCAUUAUUUGUGAUUAUCUUUUUUACUAGAAUUUUUGUUGUGCGUCAGUACUGCGCGUUGUGAAAGUUCUUGAAAACAGUUAACCGUGAUUAAAAAGAAUAAAAUCACUG